AUGCCGCCUGAACGAGCCACUGUCCCGGUGAAGCUGUCUCUGCCUCUACAAUACCAGCAGGACAUCUUCACCGAACUGCGCACGGAGGAUGAGUUAGUGAUCCUUGCGCGAGGCCUAGGUCUCCUCCGGCUAGUGACCAACUUGCUUCACUUCUACGAUGCUGCCGGAAAUAACCUUGUAUUGGUCGUUGGUGCCGAUGAUCGAGAGAAUGAGUGGAUUGGGGAGGCGCUUGCGGAACACUAUGCCAUCAGCAAGACCCCUUUGGCUAGAGGCCUGAAGGUGAUCAAUACGGAUAGAGCCACUGUUUCAAUGAGAGAGAAGUUAUAUGCUGCGGGUGGUGUCCUGAGUGUGACGUCCAGAAUACUGGUGGUGGACUUCUUGUCCAAACUCCUCGACCCUUCGAAAGUGACGGGGAUGGUUGUGCUUCAUGCCGACAAGAUUCUCGCGACAUCGCUCGAAGCUUUCAUCAUUCGUGUGUAUAGAGAAGACAACAAGACCGGGUUUCUCAAGGCGUUCUCGGAUUCCCCCGAGCCGUUCACAACAGGGUUUGCUCCAUUGGCCACCUCCAUGCGAAAUCUUUUCCUUCGCAAGGCAUCGCUAUGGCCUCGCUUUCAUGUCACCGUUGCAGAGUCUUUGGAGGGUCACAGGAAAGCCGAGGUGAUCGAGCUUGAGGUCCCCAUGAGUGACAAGAUGCGGGACAUCCAAAACGCUGUUCUCGAGUGUGUAGAAAUUUGCAUCGGAGAGCUAAAGAAAGCAAACACCGGGCUUGAUAUUGCAGACUGGACCCUGGACAGUGCUUUGCACCGAAGCUUCGAUAUCGCAAUCAGGCGCCAGCUCGACCCUAUGUGGCACCGGGUGAGUUUCAGGACCAGGCAAAUAGUUAGUGAUUUGUCGGAUCUACGUGCUAUUCUCCAUGCUCUGCUUACCUACGAUGCCGUAUCAUUCCUCAAAUUCCUCGACCUCAUCGUUACUGCCCACACUCCACCACCUGGCUCUACAAGGCACAACUACUCCCCCUGGCUCUUCCUUGACUCUGCUGAUGUGCUGUUUCAAACGGCGAAAGCGAGGGUUUAUCAAGGUAAAAUAAGCAAUGAGGUGGCCCGCUCAUCGUUGACAUCAUUUCCUACCACCCUUCAGCCCAUCCUAGAAGAACAACCUAAGUGGGAGGUUCUCGCCGAAGUACUUGAGGAGAUCGAGACCGAUGCAUAUUUAAACCCCACAACUGUGGACGAAUCUAACAGUACCGUGUUGAUCAUGUGCAGUGACCAACGAACUUGUCGGCAACUUCGAGAGUACCUUGCAACGAUGCACGCUCACGUAGGCAACAGGAAGCGGGAGAGUUCUGACCCCGGUGAUGCCAUGGGUGAGAAGAAAGGCUCAGCUGAUGUGAUGAUGCGCCGAAGGCUACGAGAAUACUUGGACUGGAAGGCUUCUUUGUCCAAUGUCAGCAAGAAUCUUUCAUCCAAACCACCCAACGAAGAUACCAACGGUACAACAAGCCCAGCCACACCUGGAGCUAUGAAUUCCAGAGCACCCGCAAGUAAGCGACGUCGCGUUCGUGGUGGAGGUGCAGCAACUGGGCCAGGACGAGCGCCCAACGCCGGCAUCCAGGUGGAGAUGGAACCUUCUAGCCAAGUCACGGCGCUCUUGGACGAGAUCAAGCCCACGGAGAUCGAAGAGACUCAGAAGGAAGAGAUCAUUGUGGAGGACCUGGAAGGCAUGGACGACUAUUACGAAUUAUAUGAUAUGAACGAUUUGAUCAUGAUACACCCUUACGAUGGCGACAUGGACGAACACAUCCUCGAGGAGGUCCGUCCACGAUACAUCAUUAUGUACGAACCAGACCCUGCGUUCAUUCGACGAGUCGAGGUCUACAGGAGCUCUCAUGUGGGCAGGAAUGUGCGUGUGUAUUUUGUCUACUAUGGAGGCUCGGUUGAAGAACAAAGAUAUCUGAGUGCUGUACGCCGAGAAAAGGACUCGUUCACGAAGCUGAUCAAGGAGAAAGGCAGCAUGGCCGUCACUAUUGUUCACGACAAAAGCCUGGAGGAUCCCCAAGAGCAAUUCCUACGGACCGUGAACACUCGCAUCGCCGGAGGGGGUCGACUGGCCGCAACAGCAUCACCUCCGCGGGUGGUGGUCGACGUGCGGGAGUUCCGAAGCGCUCUACCGUCUUUGCUCCACGGAAACAACAUGAUCGUAGUUCCUUGCCAGCUUACGGUGGGCGACUACAUCCUCACACCGGACAUCUGCGUCGAGCGCAAGUCCGUCCGCGACCUUAUCACCUCGCUGCGCAAUGGCCGCCUCUACAACCAAGCGGAGACGAUGCUGCAACACUACAAGAACCCCUUCCUCCUCAUUGAGUUCGACCAGAACAAGUCCUUCACCUUCGACGCCUUCGCGUCCGCAACCACGCCCGGCACGACCUUCCUGACUGACUUCGGCUUCUCGUCCUCUGGCGCCAGCACGCUGUCGGCCAACAGCUCCCUGGUCAAUCCCUCCAGCCCCAAGUCGGCGCAGCACCUGCUCGUCCUCCUCACCCUGACCUUCCCCAAGCUGCGGAUCAUCUGGUCCUCGUCCCCCUACCAGACGGCGGAGAUCUUCGCCGAGCUCAAGAAGAACAACCCUGAGCCCGACCCGAUUCGCGCCGUGCAGAUCGGCCUCGACAUGGAUAUCGCCUCGUCCUCCCAUCCCGGCGAUAUCAUGGCGGCCGCCGGCAUCGAGCACCGCACCUUUAACCUCCUGCCUCAGGACAUGCUCCGAGCCGUGCCUGGUGUCACGCCCGCUGUUCUCGAGCGGCUGAUCCUGGAAACGGAGAAUAUCCAUGAGCUUGCGAAUAUGAGUGUGGAGCAACUGGAUCCUAUUGUUGGAAUCGAAGCUGCACGCAAGAUAGUUGGUUUCUUUCGAAAGAGCGUGUUUGAGGAUAGUUAAGACAUCUUGGCUACUGUAUUUAUACACUUAUGAUUCUACUCUACAAUGCUAACAAGCGGCCUGAGGCAACAAGCUGCGGGCUAAGAUUACG